UAAUAGAAAUGUGCGUCGGAAAAUUUACGAGCAAUUUAUAUCCCCGUAUUUCAUAUACACGUGACAAUUCCAUGUGUAAUCGUAUACUAUUAUUUAGCAUGUUAUCGAUCAUUCCGCCAUUUUGGGUUUCCAAUCAAUACCCGUAGUAAUCGAUGGGUUUGAUGUAGCCACAGGGUGUUCUGCCCAGCUGUUUCGAGGAACAGCCCGAUGUGCUGCCCGUCAUGACCUAGAUUCCAAGAGUGUCCACGUUAAUCCCCUACAUCGCUGAUCAUGGCGUAUGUCCAGCCGUUCCUCCGUCGGGCGACCAGACGUCGUCCCGCUGCUCAGGACGGAGAAGAACUUUCAAAAUGUCCCAAUCAAGAGGAUGGCUUGGCAGAAGAGGGUUUUAAGAAGUGCCUGACGACCUUUGACCUGGUGUCGCUUGGCGUAGGGAGCUGCUGCGGAGCUGGGAUGUAUCUUACCGUGGGCCUAGUUUCCCGGGGCGCGGGGAUAGGGGGAGCCUUGUCUUUCAUCAUAGCAGGGUUCGGAUCCUUAUUGUCAGGACUAUGCUAUGCUGAGUUAGCUGCCCUUUGUCCAAAGACUUCCGGUUCAGCGUACAUGUACAGUUACGUGACUGUUGGAGAGCUGGUGGCGUUCGUGAUAGGCUGGGGGCUGUUGGUGGAGUAUGCUAUAGGCACAGCAGCGAGCGCGGUGGCACUCAGCGCCGCCGUAGACACCAUGAGCAACUACUCCUACGGAAAAGUGAUGACAACAUACGUCGGUGCAUUUCUAGGUCGACCAUAUUUUGACGUGAUCGCUGCAGUUGUUUGUCUCGCGUUAACUUUGGUACUGACGUCCGGUGUGAAACUUUCGGCGACCUUCAACAACAUCCUCAACCUCGUCAACCUCAUCGUCUUACUCAUCUUCUGCGGCUGUUCCAUACUCCUCAUCCGACCAAUGAUCGUAGAGGACAAUGGCAUUUUUCCAAACGGGGUAUCCGGGGCCAUUGCUCAGAUUCCCACUGCAUACUUCGCCUUCAUCGGCUUCGACAUCGUUGCGUCGACAGGGGAGGAGGCGAUGAACCCAAGCAAAUCCAUCCCCCGAUCCAUCUGGGUCUCCGUCUUCAUCAACACUAUUGUCUACGUCGCCGUUGUCAUCUUCCUUAACCUAGCGAUGCCUUACUUCGCAAUGACGUCAAACUCAGCUAUGAUAGACGUGUUCGCAACUAAGCAAUGGACGUACGUAACGUACAUCGUCUCAACGGGCGCGGUGUGUGCCUUGUUCGCUGCCACCUUCGGCUCACUGUUCCCCCUUCCCAGGGUCCUCUACGCCAUGGCUAAGGAUGGCCUCAUAAGCAGCCAUUUCGGAUACCUAUGUCCAACACGGAAGACGCCGAAGCUGGCGACAGUAGUGUCGGGGUGUAUCUCCGCCGUUGUCGCCGUCUCUGUGGACCUCCGUCUGCUCAUUGAGAUGGUGCUCAUUGGAACUCUUCUUGCCUACGUUUUAGUCGCGGUGUGUGUUCUAAUAACGAGGUACUCUUUUGACGAGGACAACAUAUCAAACCUUCCGUCCAAAGACACAAAUGACAAUCCCGAGAAAUCUGGCCAAGAUAAGAUGUCAGAAAUACUCUCAAACGGAUCCAAAGUUGAACCGGAUAUGCAUCUUCCGCUGUCUCGGAAACUUUGGAAACUGUUCAGCCGCUCCCCGACCCCGGGGGAAACUCUGACAAGCGGGGAGCUUUCUGUGAUAUUAGUGACAUUGCUGGGAGCAGAGACGAUAGCUAGCCUCGUUCUGGUCACAUUCGGUGACGUCAUUGCAGAUGGAAAUAUAUUUGUGUGCACGUGUCUGUCGCCUUUCGUACUCGCCGUCCUGGUUGUCAUCAUGAUUUUGUGUCGCCUGCCGCAGAAUACUCGAACUUCCGGUUUCCGGGUACCUCUGGUUCCACUGCUUCCGGUUGCCGUGACCUUCUUCAACGUCUACCUGAUGAUGUCAUUGCGAUGGGUCACGUGGUGCAUGUUUGGUGUAUGGAUGAUCAUAGGUUUUCUAGUUUACCUGUUUUACUCCCAGCGAGAUGGAGGACCCCAGGUUUCAUCUGUUGAUGAAGAUAAGCGUCCCCUACUGGAAGCCAAAGACAGCAAGGAUGAGGACCCAUAAGGACCGCGUGAACAAAUUAGUCAGGAAUGUCUCGAAGAUGGUUGAGUAAAAUGACUGCUAUACCAUGUCAUACAUGUUUGUCCAAAAAUAGUCCAUGGCAUCGGUAAAACGUAUCAAAGACGAGGUGUGACAAUUUAUCAUAGAAUUAACCAUCGGAAAUAUGAAAAAAUACUGUGAUAAUUGUUAUCAUUAUAACAAUAGUCUAAAACACUGAUUUUCAGUUUCUGGCUGGGAUGUAGGUUAGCCAUUAAAAAACUUUGGGAAAGUGUUGAUAUGUAAAUUAUGAAACAGUUUAGCGAGGGCACCAGCCCAGCGGGAUCGGUUUCCUGAUCUGUGAUUCCAGACCUCUGUGACUUGGGUCCUUUAUCCCAAUUUGAAACAGUUGGAUUUGGUUGACGUAUAUCAGAAUUGUUACCUUGUUAUAUUUCGUCGCUGUGUGUUCACCCGACUCUGCACUUCGUGACGUGAUAUAACCAGCUGAUGACAGGCCACGCAGACUCUUAACAAAGGCUUAAGGGCGAUUACCCUUGGGAGUGGGCCGAUGGACUGCCGCGAAAGGCAAAUAGAAAUUUCUUUGGUAGGCACAUUGUUAUUCUGCCUACACGAAAUACGCCACUGUCAAAGAAACAGGUUUCAGCUGGAAGUAUGUUGAGUGUUGUGCCUGUUCGACUGUAAAAUCGCGAAAUUUCUGAAUAUUCAUGCGUACAAUGUAAAGAUACCAUAUGUUAGAGAUGAAAACAGGUUUAACAGAAUUUAAGAAUGACAUUAUAUGAUAAAGAUAGACAUUUAGAGAUAAAUUGUAGCCGAUGAUUGCCGAUCAGGUAUGAAUGAGCAUAUAAGCAUAAACCGGAAGUGUUCACGAAUAGCAUGUGCUACCUGUUGGUGUAUCUGGGCCCGUUCUCCAAAACAAUUUCAGCACCAGGACUGCCGUAAGUCAGUGUUAAAUAAGGGGCGGUCGGAUAGCCUAGUGGUGAAAGCGUUCGCUCGUCACCCCGGUUCGAUUCCCGACAUGGGCAUAAUGUGAGAAGCCCAUUUCUGGUGCCCCUCG